CAAGGUCAGCAUUUCACUGCAUCCCUUUGGCAUUAAAGUCUCUUCGGUUCUCUCCCCUCCAUUCUGCCAGUAGCAUUUACUCUUCCUGCGUCGCUCACAUCAACGGAAGACCAUUAAGGCUCACAUGCGUCCCCUUCAUUUCUAUUAAUAAUUACCCAUAAAUACUCGCCUCCACCUUUAAAUUUCCCAUCUCUAUUUAUUUCAUGGACUCCUUUUUUUUUUCCAAGACAUGGUUUUUACUUUUUAUGAACUCUUCCUUCUCCUCCUGAAGUCCUUCAGUUUGUGUUGGUUGAAAGGACGACGAAGUUUCUGGACUGGUGUCAUCGACAUUGUUCCACUCUUAUUGUUACUGUCAUUUAACUGUGGCUGGAUUCAAGGGCUGAUAUUUGCGUCUACAGUGAAUAUUGGCAUCAUGAAGGUUCCUGGCUUUUGGGUUCUAUUCGCAGUGGUCGCGACUAUUUUGAUAUGCUUAAACUUCUCGAGCUCCAUUGCUGGCUGCAGUUUCCCCGAUUUGGUCUCCAUCAACUGUGGUGAUAGCACAAAAAUUACAGUAAGCAGGAAGCUGAAGGAAAACAGAAUUGGUAGGACAAGCAACAAAAAGGGCGGUAUGGGUGAUGUAACUCUAGAUGAUUAUCAACCCAUCGAUCCAGUGCCAAGUUCAAAGACGUCUGUGAAACCUGGACCCAUUGAGCAUGGCUCUCCUCUGAUUCCAUUCAUCCCAAAACCGUCACCUCCUGUUCCUCCUAACGCUGGAGGUUCUCCUUAACUCGCGCUUGUCGCUGACAAUGUUAGGGCUAUGCUUAGUAGACCUUCAAAUUUUAGCUUUCUUUACAUUUUGUUAUGCUUAUUAUGCCUGCUUGAGUUUGUAACCCUUGUCUUUUCUCAUGUGUGUAGUGAAAAGAAGUUGGUUCUUGGGCUCUCUGGGUCACUUAAUAUAGUAGUUGUGUACUAACUAGUUAGGAUGGAUAGCGUUUGAUGAGUGAAGCUCCAACUUGAGCAAUAAAUGUGCCUCCGUUUUAAUGGGAAGAGAUUUUUUGUUAA